UCGUUAAGCGUGUGUCCCACGGUCAGUCGAGUCGUCCUCUUCUCCCCUUGUCUGUCAUCAUGUCCCGCUGCCUCGCGCUGGCCCGCUUCGCUCUCGGUUCCCCCCAGAGGGCCAACUCACGGUUAAUUGCAUGUGCGCGAGGGCUGAGCAGCCGAACUGUCUCGCGCCCCGUCACUGGAGACCUGCAGGCUGGACAGCUGCAGAGGUGGAGCAGUCGGCCCAGAGUGUGGAGCUCGCAGCGGUCAUGCCUCGGCUUCAGCCAGCAGUCUUACUACAGCACGCAGGAGGCAGAGAAGGAGCCUGAAGAGGAGCCUCUGCACACCAUCAUCACUGACACAGAGUCGGUACAAGGUAGCUUCUCCAAACAUGAAUUCCAGGCUGAGACGAAAAAACUGCUUGACAUUGUUGCCAGGUCCUUGUACUCAGAGAAAGAGGUGUUCAUCAGGGAGCUGAUCUCCAACGGCAGCGAUGCUCUGGAAAAGCUGCGCCACAAACUGAUCACAGCAGGUGGAGAAACAGCUCAGAUGGAGAUCCACCUGCAGACCGAUAGCACCAAGGGCACCUUCACCAUUCAGGACACAGGAGUGGGGAUGACCCAAGAGGAGCUGGUGGCCAACCUGGGGACGAUUGCCCGCUCUGGUUCAAAGGCGUUUUUGGACGCCCUGCAGAACCAGGCAGAGGCCAGCAGCACCAUCAUUGGUCAGUUCGGGGUGGGAUUCUACUCUGCCUUCAUGGUGUCCGACCGCGUUGACGUCUACUCCCAGUCUGCUGAGCCCGGCACACCCGGAUACAAGUGGUCCUCAGAUGGCUCUGGAGUAUUCGAGAUCGCUGAAGCCAGCGGUGUUCAACGGGGAACAAAGAUCGUGCUGCACCUCAAGGACGACUGCAAGGAGUUCGCCUCUGAGGACAGAGUGAAAGAGGUCGUAACAAAGUACAGCAACUUUGUCAGCUUCCCCAUCUUCCUGAACGGACGGAGGCUCAACACUCUGCAGGCCUUGUGGAUGAUGGAGCCGAAGGAGAUCAGCGAGUGGCAGCACGAGGAGUUCUACCGCUACGUCUCCCAGAGCUACGACAAGCCGCGUUACACGCUGCACUACCGCGCCGACGCCCCGCUCAACAUCCGCAGCAUCUUUUACGUCCCAGAAGCGAAGCCGAGCAUGUUCGAUGUGAGCAGGGAGAUGAGCUCCAGUGUGGCUCUGUACAGCAGGAAGGUCCUGAUCCAGACCAAAGCCACCGACAUUCUGCCCAAGUGGCUGCGCUUCCUCCGAGGUGUGGUAGACAGCGAGGACAUCCCGCUGAAUCUGAGCAGAGAGCUGCUGCAGGAGAGCGUCCUCAUCAGGAAGCUGCGUGACGUUUUGCAGCAGAGGGUGAUCCGCUUCCUGCUGGACCAGAGCAAGAAGGAGCCGGAGAAGUACAGCAAGUUCUUUGAGGACUACGGCCUCUUCAUGAGGGAGGGCAUCGUCACCACCCAGGAACAAGACGUCAAGGAGGACAUUGCAAAGCUGCUCAGGUUCGAGUCCUCCGCUCUGCCGGCGGGCCAGCAGACCAAUCUGAUGGAGUACGCCUCCCGCAUGAAGGCUGGCACACGCAACAUCUACUACCUGUGUGCCCCCAACCGUCACCUUGCAGAGCACUCCCCCUACUACGAGGCUAUGAAACAGAAAGACAUGGAGGUGCUGUUCUGCUACGAGCAGUUCGAUGAGCUGACCCUCCUCCACCUCCGAGAGUUUGACAAGAAGAAGAUGAUCUCAGUCGAGACCGACAUCGUGGUGGAUCACUACAAGGAGGAGAAGUUUGAGGACAGCAAGCCGGCCUCCGAGCGUCUGACGCAGGAGCAGGCCGACGACCUGAUAUCCUGGAUGAAGAAUGCUCUGGGCCCCCGCAUCGCCAACAUAAAGCUGACUCCUCGGCUGGACACCCACCCAGCUAUGAUCACAGUGCUCGAGAUGGGUGCUGCACGCCACUUCCUCCGCACCCAGCAGCUGGCCCGCACCCCUGAGGAGAGAGCUCAGAUCCUGCAGCCCACACUGGAGAUCAAUUCAGGACACAGUCUGAUCAAGAAGUUGCACUCAUUGAAGGACACAGACUCUGAACUGGCUGGUCUGCUUCUGGAACAGAUCUACGACAACGGCAUGAUCGCAGCGGGCCUGAACGAUGACCCCCGACCGAUGAUUUCCCGCCUGAACGAUCUGUUGGCUAAAGCUCUGGAGAAGCACUGAGAGCUCCUCGCAGACGUGAACAGUGCAGACUGACUUGGUUUAAAUCACAGUGGCCUGUAGACUGAAGCUGGAGGGCCUUUCAAGGUGGAGAUCUGCAGUUUCUGGAGAGUAUGACAGGCCACUGUUCAUCUGAAGCCAUUAAAUCACCUCUCUUUCCCCUCUGGAGUACUUCAUUCCCUUUUUGAGAGCACAGAAAUGCUCAGAUGGAGUGAAGAUGAACUGCUGGAAGCUUCUCUGCAAACACUGCUAUGUCUUUAUGCUCUGUGUUCAGCUGUGUUUCACAUGGUACUGAUAUUAAGAGGAUGUGCCAUAAACGGCUGGUCAUGAAGGUUGUCACUGACUUUCACGCCUUGCCAUGUAAGAGAUUCUUCUGAAAUUGCCAUUUUGUUUUAAAGACCAGGUGCUGCAAAAACAAACCGUCAGGCUCAGUGUGGUCCACAUCAUAAAUUAUCUGGAUGAAAACCAGCCACAAACAUCGUAGAUGUGAAGAGAAAAAAGCAGGAAAAAGUCUGUCAGGCAAAAAAUGUUGAUCUCUAGAAUCACAUUUCAAAAUCCUCUUGAAAUACCAUGUGGAACAACAGCUACAGAUACAUGGAGUUUUGUGUUUUAGAGCUUUGCAGCGGUAAGAGACUUGAUCACCGACGGUUCCGUCCUCACUGCUGAAUAGAGCUGUUAACGUUUUUCACUUCCUGUUCUCUUUUUUAACGAGCCCUCCAAAAUGUUUCAUUUUUCUACGUUAUUUAAUUAUUAUUUCUGUGGUUUGUAACAAAUUGAAUAUCUGCAAUCUGGGUCAAAUGAAAAAGCUGUUUCACAGUGUGUAUAUUGUAGAUGUAGCAAAUGCAACUUGUCAGUGGUCAAACAUCGAUUCUCAACAGGUUUUAAUUGGCAUUAAAUUAGCGGUGAGCCUAAAAUGUA